AUGCCACUUGCAAAGUAUACUUUGACAAGAGAUCAAAAGAAAAGGUUGUGUGAUUGGUUGAAGGGAGUUAAGUUUCCAGACGGGUAUGCAUCUAACAUCGGUCGGUGUGUGAACAAGCUGCCCGGAAAGCUUUCGGGAAUGAAAAGUCACGAUUCUCAUGUCUUCUUACAACGCUUACUUCCUGUUGCAAUCUGUGGGUAUGUAAAGCCUGAAAUACAAACAACGUUUACUGAGUCGAGUACUUUUUUUAAGCAGUUGUGUGCACGGACAUUGAAAGUAGAUGUCUUGAAGCAAAUGAAGGACAACAUUGUCAUAAUCUUGUGCAAGUUGGAACAAAUAUUUCCACCUGCGUUUUUUGAUAUUAUGGUCCAUGUAGCAAUUCAUUUACCUCGAGAGGCUGAGCUUGCGGGACCAGUGCAAUACCGUUGGAUGUAUCCAAUUGAAAGGACACUUGGUAGAUAUAAGAGGGCUAAAUGGUAUGUGCUUAGCAAUUGUAAGGACACUGAUUCAUACUUGGAUGAACACUAUCAGUUGAUUGAACGAGAUGGCUGCCAUGACAUUCAGAAGAAGCAUGAGACUAAUUUCGAGCGUUGGUUUAGAGAUAAUAUAUACCGUGGUGCGUGCAAUGCAGGAAAUGUCCCAAAACCAUUAUAUGAUCUAGCAUGCGGGCCUGACCGUCAAGUUAGAUCUUAUAGAGGUUGUAUUGUGAAUGGGGUUAGGUUCCACACAAAAGAAUGUGCACAAAAUCGUACUACCCAGAACAGUGGAGUUGUUGUUCGAGGUGAGCACAACAAAUCGAUCAUUGAGUUCUAUGGUGAGCUGAGGAACAUUUUUGAGUUACGUUAUCCUGGCACAAAUCGGGUGUUCCUGUUUGAGUGUGAUUGGUGGGACACUGGGAGUACGAGGGGAAUGAAAAUGGACAACGGCUUUACGAUUGUGAAUACUUCUCGUAAAUGGUACGAAUCUGACCCGUUCAUUUUAGCAACUCAAGCUGCGCAAGUGUUUUACCUGAAUGAUCCCAAAUUAGGUGAUAGUUGGAAAGUGGUGCAGAAGUUGACCAAUAGAAACAUAUACGAGGUUCCAGCAAUAGUGGAGAGAGAUGAUGACCAAGGUAUGAACGUUGAUGUAUACCAGGAGCGUGUAUGUGAUGGGGGCAAUAUUGCCAUUGUUGAAGACUCCGCUAUAUUAUGUAGAGAUGAUCCAACAAUACCUAUUGAUGAAUUAUAUGUGCACCUUGAUCCAAAGUUGUUCGUUGGCAAUAACCCGCUGAUUGAAGAAUACGACACAAACUCAGAAGAGGAGGAGGAGUUAUCUAGCAACAAUGAUACGGACUCUGAACAUGUAGACGAUUCUGAUUACGAAGAUUCAUCUUCAAGCGACAGUGAUGCAGAACAUGAUGAUGACAUGUGUUAA